GGGAUGUCCAUUUUACCUUCCUCUUUGUGAGAAAUCUCUCCCUCUCUCUCUCUUCUUGUAGACUUCGUUUUCUCUCUUCGAUCUUCUCCUUUUUCGUCAAUCGAUCAAAUUUUCCAGAAGAGCGAAAAUUCCUUCUGCAGAUCAAAACCCUGAUAUUGUUUUACCCGUUUCUCCUCUUUUUCUCUAGAAUCCGCGUUGUUCUUCUCUAUUUAAAUCUUUUCCGAUGUAUUCUGGAAUCCUUGCAAUUCCCUCGUAGGGCUAAAAAACCCUAGCUGUCGAAGACCUUAGAUUGGUGCAGGAAACUAUAAUUUGCUUCGUUUUACCUAUACUUGAGGUUUUCCGAUUGAAAGCUUUUGGUCUGUUGGUUGAGAAUUGGUGGUUCCUCGGAAUCCGAUGCGAGAUUAGCCUUCUGACUUUAGGAUGAGCUAGUUUUUUUUUUUGGGUUCUUAGCUUCGAGUUCUCUGGAGAUUUUACCAGUUCUGGUCGAGAAUCGUAGAAAUACAACUUAGAUUAUCCGUCUCGGAGAUUUUACUGUACAUAUAGCUAGAUCGUGACGACCUGAUGAAGUCGCUGGUGGUGAAUCGUGGGGUUCGUUGUUAAGUUUGGCUACUAGCGUCGUGCGUUUCGUUUGAUUUGAAUGUUUUUGGUGGUUGCUUGAGAGAGUCGAGAAUACUUUAGGCACUGUAAUAUCGAAUAUCAAAAUUACACGGUGCUGCCAAAUUGUAAGAAGACUUUGUGUUUUUGGGUAUUUACCAUAGAGAACUACAGUAGAGCAACUUACUUAAGCGUUUGAGAACAUAUAGUGGCGUUUCUUGGCCUUGACCAGCUAAGAUCUUGUUCGCUCGUAAGAUGAGUAUAGCAGAUGAACAGCAAUUUGCAAUGGAUCAACUUGUCGAAACCAAUGAUGAUUCCAAAAAGAAACCAAGAAUUUCAUACACGAGAAAAUUUCUUUUAUCCGUGAGCGAUAAAGAUGUUUGUAAGAAGCUGCCAAAUUUUCCCAGUGAAUUUAACGAUUUACUGAUUCGUGACUCUGAAGAUACUUCACCGGAGCGACUGAGAAAAUCCGGCGAUUUUUCGUCUCACGGUUUGAGGCGGAAUGACUAUAGUUCAUCUCCUCCCAUCAGGGGUGAAUUAGGCAGUAACUCUCGAGGCGUCCAUGGAAGAUGGGAAGGGCGCUCAGGUGGAUGGAAUGAUAAAGAUGGUGACUCACAGUCAGACCGGGACCCAGAGUCUGGAAGGCGUUCUGGCAUGCCAUCUCGGAGGCCUUGGCAAGCACCGGAGCAUGAUGGACUUCUGGGGAAAGGUUCUUUCCCUAAGCCUUCUGGAUUUGUUGCGGGACCGUCUGGCCCCAAACCUCAGUCUAAUGACUCGUAUCAGCUGAGUAGAAGCAAUGAACCUUACCAUCCUCCUCGCCCAUACAAGGCACCACCUUACACUCGACGUGACACUAGAGACUCAUUAAAUGAUGAGACAUUUGGUUCUUCUGACUCUACAAGUGAAGAUAGAGCAGAAGAAGAGAGAAAAAGAAGAGCUUCUUUUGAGUUGUUGAGGAAGGAACAUCAAAAAGUAUUCCAGGAGAGGCAAAAAUUAAACCCCGACUUGCGUAAAAAUGACUUUGAUUUUACUGAACUGCUUGGGGAGUCCAAAGAUGAAAAAGAGGUUCCAAGUAGAAGCGAUGAAGUCAAUAACGCUCCAGCAAUUCCUGUCUCUAAUAACCCAUCUUUUCCGUCUCAAAGCAAUGCACCCAGACCGCUUGUACCUCCUGGUUUUGGAAGCACAAUUUUGGAAAGAAAGCAAGGGGACAAACCUCAAACUGAAACUUCUCAACAUGAGCGUAGUCCUUUAAAUAUCAAAGGCGUCAAUAUGUCGAACGGAACGUCUGUCGCUAACGAAGAAAACCCGUUGGGAAUUACAAUUGGCUCAAGUGAGAUGCGGGUAGAAGAUACAUUUAAAAAGGACAAAAGCUUCGGAAACCUUUCCUCCAUUUCAACUGCUGCCGAAUCUCAGGGAUAUCCUAGAAAAAUUGAGCAAACUACAGGGACGUUGGACCAGAAGAAAAGCUUGGAGAUUUCGGAUGAGCCAUCAAUCCUGGAUAAGCUAUUACACAACGCUAUAAAUUUGAAUAGUGGUGACUCCUCUACUAUUGCACAGGUGAAUUUUUUUUUCCUAUAAUCCGACAUGCCUAUAUUGAUCGGUUCAGAUAACAAGCCUGUUGAAGAUCUCCCAUCCAGCGGGCCACCAGGAGGCUUAUUGUCACUACUUCAAGGUGCAGAUAAAUUGCAAACCUUUGACACAAAAGCUAAGGGUGAACUUUCGAUGGAUUUUCCUUACCAAGGCCAUGCCACGAAAAACAUUGAUAAGCUAAGCAACACUUCCUCCGCAAGUAAAUCAGUAACAGCUGUUCCACCUGUUCUCACUUGUGAAGACCUCGAGCAGUCUAUUCUGUCAGAAGUCAGUGAAAGCUAUCAUCCGCCUCCACCGCCAGUUGAACAAGACUCGAGUAUUUCUUCGGCGAUGAAGACCAAACAGCGUAAAACAUCUGUUGAUGACCAGGCUUCGCAGCACCUUCUUUCUUUAUUACAGAGAAGUUCAGACCCAAAAAGUCAAGAUACGCAGCUACUUUCAGUUACAGAGAGUAAACCACCACCAUCUUUGAUUGUGAAACCAGCUGCAGCAGGAGAAGCAGAUCCAGGGAAGUCUUUGACUCUUGAGAAUUUGUUUGGGAGUGCCUUCAUGAACGAACUGCAAUCUAUUGGAGAACCGGUCUCUGGAAGAACUAUGGUUUCUGAUGCUCCUGUGGUCCCGCUUCGAUCAGCCAGGUCUAUCGGUGAGCUGAGCCAAAGAAACCAAGUCAGACCGGACGGUCUCCCCGGAGGGCUACUAGGCUUUCCAGAAGGUGGUAAUUUACUUGCAGUUGGAGAUGCUGCAAACCCACAAAAAUACAUGUCUUUUCCAGGAUCCCAUAAUCAGGAGCCUGAAGUAAAUUUCAACAUCUCUGAAAAGCUAGCUGCUUUAAACUCUGGUCCAAGGAACGAAAGACCAACAUUGGGAGGUCAAGAUGGUCCUUUUCUUCACCAUCAUCCCCAGCAAUACGCGACCGACCCCUCUUCUCACUUGAAUGGCUCAGGCCCAGUUUUCCAUCCGCUUGAUUCUCGACAUGCUCAUGUAAAACCUCAACACGAUUUCAUGGGCCAAGGAAGCAUCAUAGCUCAACAUCAGGAUCCUCCACCAAAUCACCGUUUUCCAGCAAACAUGAUUCAUCGUCCGCCUUUUCAUCAUUCAACAGCCAGUGGACUUUCCGAGUUUGAACGUCUUCCUCCACAUAUGAUGCAGAAGAUGCAUAUGCAAGACAACAUGCAACACCAUCACCUAAUGCAAGGAUUCCCCGGUGGUGGUCCACCACACCAUCACACUCCUUCUCAUGUAAACAACCAAGUGCCAGGUCUCAUUCCCGAGCUGAAUCCAUCACAAGGCUUUCCCUUCGCCCAUCGCCAGCCUAACUACGGUAUGCCUCCACCAGGUUCUCAAGUUAAUAGAGGAGAUCAUCCAGCUUCACUGCAAACACUCUUGGGGAUUCACCAGAGGAUGGACCCUUCGAAGAAGAUACCGCCGAUGGGUCAAGCCGGUGGUCCUAAUCGUCAGGGCUCUAUGGGUCAUGAACUCGACCUUGGUUUUGGCUACAGGUAACUCUGCUCUGCCCACAAUCCUCUUUAACACUCUAAGAGGCGUGUCUGCGUUACACUUGAGUUGCUUUGUGAUGUGCAAGUAAUCAAAUUACCAUUUGUGAAUUUUUAAAAAGAAAAGGAAAAAAUAAACUCUCUAUGAACUCUCGUUUCUCUUGCUGCUUGUGAUAUCUGGGAUGCUUUUAGUUAUAACAAUGGUAGAGACUUUGAUGAACUUUCGAGUCCGUGUGUUUGGCAUUAUCUAUUUUCGGUUUUUUGUUUUUUUAAUAGCGUAAUUCAAAUCUCAAUUGCUCUAUCGACAUGUUUGAAUUAUACUACUACAACUUUAUAAAAGUUAAUAAUAACCUAAGG